AUGUAACCUAAUGUUUAUAUGAAUGAAAUCAGGAAGGAAAAGGAGUGGCUGGCAAAUUAAAGAUAAGAGAUUCUUCAAAAAAAAGAAUAAAAUAAAUUGCCCAAUGGAGAAUUCGAAUUUAAACCACCGAAGACAAUUGAAGAUUAACUCGAAGAAUUAUAGGUAGUCUCACAAUUUAUCAUAGCAAUAAUGCUUAAUGGGUCUUUAUGAUAAGAAAAUCACAAUUAAAGGAUAUAAGGGAACUUUCAAAUUGGAACAUUGGAAAAUGAUUGAAUUACGUUAAAGAGGCAACUCUUCAAUAUAAUAAAUAAGAUUCAUAGAUACGAAGCUGGAAAAAGAAAAUUUAAUGAUACUACCUUUGUGGUUUAGUUGGGUGAAGCCUCAGAAUCUAGUUAUUGAAUUUUAACAUAAUGAAUUAGAUGAUUAAUGUGUUGAAGAAUUCAUUUUUUAAAUUUUCGAAAGAAAUAUCAACUUAUAAAAAGUAAAACAUAGAUUUACUAAUGAUUAGAUGUUUUUAAUAAGUAAUCCUGGUGUUUAUAAGGGAUUUCUACUUAGAAAAUUAAAACAUUAUUUGGUCAAAAAGUACGAGAACAAUAUGGACUACUAUUAUUUGCUAUUAAAAAACAAAUUCAAAUUAUCAUUUGCGAUAAUAAAAAUAUAUCGAAAUUGGCAAGUUCAAAAAAUAAGAGAAGAAAGAGAACUAGCAUUGAAGAAAAUAGAUCAAACUUAUUAUUUUAGUUUUAAUUUAUCCAAAUGUUUUACUCAAAUUAAUUGGAAAGGCUUUGAACAUCUUAUAAGAUGCACUUAUAGCUUUGACAAUUUAGAGUAAAUAUCAUCUUUAGAUAUAUCUGACAAUUAUUUAGGUACUUAAAGCAGUUUCAAUAAUGCAUGUCAGAGUUUAGCUACAGCUAAAGGACUGGUAACAUUGAAGCUCAAAAACCAACCACUUUUUCACAACACUACAGCCAUUCAAUAAUUGAUUGGAGACAGAUAUGAUAGACUAAGAAUCAAUCAUUUAGAUAUAUCAGAUAAUUCAGAUAUUUUUGAAAAGGCUUUUUAACUAUUGGCUGAUGACAUAUUUUUGGAAUGCAAGACUUUCAAUCUGAAUAACUCAUUGACUGAGAAUAAUAGCACGCUCUAUAAAUUGUCCAUUUUGAUCCAAGCCUUUGAAAGGUAGAAUAAUUUAUUUGAGGCUUAGGAAAAGUCAUAGAAGUCUAGUUUAGGUAUGUUAUGAUUCAUUAUCAAAGGAAAAUAUAAAUAUAAAAGUAAAUUACAAUCUUUAGAUUUGUCUAAGGUUGAAAAUUUCAAUAGGUAUGAUUAAAUUGAGGCAUUAUUGAAAACAGUGGUUUUUUCUGAAUACAGUAAUGUUAGGACACACAGUAAAAAAUUCAUUUUAUUUAGCAAUAUAAAAUUUGGAUGUUGGAAGAACUGAAAUUUAUUGUAAAGCUUUGAAUUAAUUUAAAUCUGACUUCGUUGUGAGAAAAUCCAAAAUUCCUAAAUAUAAAGAUUUCAAAUUGAAUUUAAAACAUCUAGUUUUAAUAGACACAGAACAAGAAUACACUAUGAAGAUCGAUGUUUUGAAACAAUUCUUUUUGGAUUACCUUUUCACAAAAGAGAAGUCACUUCUUUAAAUUGAGAGUUUUAAAUUUAUUAAAAGUUUUACUAAGAAAAAUCGGAAAGAAGCCUUCAAGUUAGCUGCAGCUUAUAUAUUGGAAGCUGUCCAUAAGAAUCCAAAUUUAUAAUUUUCGAUAAAUAAAUUGAAGUUUUUUUCGGCUUAAUUGGAAUUAGAUUUGUAAACAUUUAAAUGUUUGUUACUAAUUCCAAAUAUAAAAUUGAGGGUUUUUAAAUAUUUUAAAGACUCCAUGAAAGUAUUACUUUAAAAACAUUCAUAUAGGGUGAUGGCAAUAUAUAUUUAAAUGAACUUGGAGGAUUUCUUUAUUCUUAGCCCGAAUCCUUUGUCCAUAGUUUAUAAAUCUUAAAAUUAGAUACUAUAACUGGAAUAUCUUUCGACGUAAGUAAAUUGAUAAAGCUCCUAAUUUAUUGUCCUAAACUCUAAAUCAAAGAAUUUUAUUUUUAUAAGAUCAAACUCACCAAAUCCAGUUUAUCAGCCAGAGAAUUGGAGUUACACCUCCAAAAUUCUGUUGAUCCAAAUAGAAUCAUCGGAUUAAGAAGUUUGAAAUUUGGCGAUUUCUAAGAAGCAGGAGAAGAAGAGUUCUUUAAAUACAUAGUCUUCAGUAAGCUCAUUAGGUUGAAAGAAUUGAUUUUAAAGAAUAUCGACUUUAAUCAAUUGAUUCAAAGUCUACAAGCAUCAAUAAUACCAAAGAACAUGAAUCCCUUAGAAGAACUGCAAAUUUUAGAAUUCGAGGAUAUCUAUGUAUAAUAGAAAGAAUUGUGGAAUUAGCUUUCUAAAAUAUUUAUAUUUCAAAACAAAAAGUUGGUUUCACUAACAUAUAACUCAAUUAAUGUUGAUCUAAAUUUCAAUUUAGGUAUGACUUAAUCAGCCGCUUAAUAUAUUUCAUAAGCUAAAUCCUCAUAGUAGAAGGAUGAUUUCCUUUUACCAAUUACAGAAUUAAAAUUUAUUGAAUGUAAUUUAAACAGUGAUUUUUUAUCCUAUUUCUUUCCCAUUGCCAAAAUAGAAAAAUUAGAGAUUUAUAAAUGCAAAAAUGUUUAAACAGCUAUGCUCAAAGUUAAAGAAAAUUAUAUUGAUGAAAUAAAUUAGUUUGCUUUAAAGCAGUUCACAUUGAAGAAUUGUGAAUUAACAGAUAUGAAUUUAUUUGAAUGGAUGGUCAAUUAUUUAAUUUUGAAUAUUGAAAGAUAAUAACUUGACACUUUAAAUUUGAUCAAUUGUAAUUUAAAUGAUGAUAUGAUUAUUAUUAUUUGCAAAUAAUUACAACAAAUCACAAGCAAAAUAUUCUAAUAUAAAAGAAUUUUUUCCUUGAGACAUAUUAAUUUUUCUCAAAAUGAUAAAAUCAAAGAAUUGUAAUGGAUAAAUGUAUUUUUAUUAUUAUCUUUUAUAGUUAUUUAAUACUAUUUUGAAUCAGAAUUAGACUAUGCAAUAUGAAUUAGUAGCCCAAGAUUCACUUCGAAAAGAUGAAGUCAAUGUCUUAAUCAAUGAAAAUUUAUUGUUUGUUGAUUAAACACUUCUGAAUUUAAAAUAAAAAUUGUACUACAAUCAUAAAAUUUUUAAACCCAACUUCCCAAAAUAACUCAAGAAAUUAGAGAUUGAUUUAGGAUUGAUUAACCAAUUUAAGAAUUAGAAUAAUGAGUCCAAUUUCCAAUAAUUAGAAUUCAAAAGAAGCAUAUAUUAAAGGAUCAUUACUGGAUUUAUCAUCUAUCCUGAAAGUUAAUUGAAAAAACUAAAACUCUCCAAUGUAGAUCUAGAUCUAUUUAUGCUAUGUUGUAACAAUAGCAUCGAGUUCUCUUAGAAAUAUUUGGAAUUAUCUUUGACCAGUACAUAGAAGUAGCAAUUUAUCAAUAUCGAGUAAAUACAUAUACACUAAGUAACAACGUAAAGUAGAAUAAGUAUUGAAUAAUUCUUUAAGCUGUUUCUAUUUAAUCAUUAAGUUAAUUUGAAGAAACUAUCUAUUCAUGGUUUUAGAGAAUAAUUUUUAUAGAUUUUUCUUAAUUUAAGUGAAUGCAGAACCAAUUAUGUUCUAGAGUAGGUGUCCUUUGAGAAUUGCGAAGAUAAAUUAAACGAAUCAUAAACUCAAAAGUUCAUUGAAUAACUGAUUGUUGGGAAGGUAUUUCCAAUUAAGAAGAUAACCAUUCCCAAAGGAGUAAUAUUUGACCAAAUAAAGCAAUUCGAUCUGAAUUAAGCAAACGAUUGUAAAAUUGAAAAAAUAAAACUGUCAAUUGAGGAUAAGGGUAGAAACCAUAUGUCAACUAUUCAUAAGAUUUUCUCCUUGUUAUUUUGUUAAUUGUCAAAUUUAAAGAAGUUAGAAAUCACAACUUAAAUAGCAGACAGCAUAUUUCAGCAUAUCUACGAGGUAUGCAAGGCUGAGAAGUUAAAACUUGAAAGUCUUAUUAUCAAUGGAUAAUUAAGUGUUGACAUGGACUUUUUUCAUUUUAUUUUUAAAUCUGUAGAAACCUUGACUCUCUUGAAAAUAUAAAAGGUGAUUUAUUUAAAAUAAAAUGACACCAAUAACUUAUUGCAAUAAAUCUACAAGUAGCCUAUUUAAGGGAGUGUGAUUGAUCUCAACAUAAUUGAACAUGAAGACACCUACUUUUUAUAUUACAAUUUAAUUUUUAAUGAGAUGUUUGGAUUCACUAAUUUAGUUUUAAGAGAUCCUCAAAGUUUUGCCAAUUUGCAAUUAAGUUAUUCCAUAUUUAAAAUCAGGUACUUAAAGUUAGACAUGGGAAUCAACUACAAUUCAAAUAUUCAAUUGGAUAAUGAUGCUCUAACUUUAAUUUCAUCAAAGAUGAUAUACAGUGAAGAUAGCAUAUUGGAAGAACUGGUUUUAAUGAACUGUGAUUUGAGAGUCCCUGCAGUAAAAGCAAUAGUCAGUCCUGCCGAAAAGUUAAGGGACAGAAUCAGUUACUCUAGUAGAUAAAAAUCUUUCUAUAUGAGCAUCAAAAGAAUAUGUCUUUUGUUUUCCUUUCACAUAGGCCAAGAAGGGAUGGACAUACUGUUCAAUAAUCUCAUAUAUUUCGAAUAUGUCAAUAUUGAAAGAAUCGAAUUACAAGCAAUAGAGUUGGAUGAUAAAAUCGUAAUUGAUAUGAUUAAACAUGCGACAGAUUGGUUGCAUUUUUAGAAGAGGAACCAAAGACAAUUUGGUAAGAUAUUCCCGAUUCGAUAUUUGGAUAUAGGAAAAAAUGAACUAUUCUAAGAUAAGGCAGUAUGGUAGAAGUUUCUAAGAACCUUUGUUUUCACUGAUAAAACACCUUAUUUAGAAAUAUUGAAUCUACAUAUGAUGGCAUUGAAUGAUUCAAUAGCCACUCAUAUUGGACAUAAUGCAUAGAAAUUUUUGAAUUCAAAAGCACAACAAUAUCGUUUUCCCUUGAAAAGAUUGAACUUCUCAAAAAAUAACUUUUUAACAGAGAUUGGAUGGGAGAAUAUAUUUAAUAAUUUUAUCUUCCAUCCAAAGGUCAAUCUAAUCGAAUUGAAUUUGACUAGUACCUAAUUAGAUACAGAUGAAAAAUUAAAUAAAAUUUUAUUGGCAGCAUAAAGAAGAGCCUAAUUAUAAAAAAAUAAGAAACUGCCUUUGCAUACAUUCUUAUGUUAUAAUGUAACAUUAAAGGAUUAAAUAGCUGAAUACAUUUCACCAAUGCCUAGUUAAUAUAAACCUCCUGAUGAUUUACCUAUAAAAAUUGAUUAUAAGGGAUGCAGAUUAGGUAUUUUUGAUGAGAUCCCAAUUCACUUGGGAGAUCAAGUGGAAAUUUUGAAUUAAUUAAUUUAUAAUAGGAAUGAAUUGAUAAUCCCAAAUCGCUUAGACUUUUGUGAAUGUUUCAAAUUCUCAAAAUUUCAUUUGAAUUUUAUAGAGCAUUACUUAAAAAUAAUAAAUCAUCUCUUAGGUGCAGACUAAAAUUCAAUCGAACUCACUUUAAAUUUAGCAACACUGAAUAGCUUCUCUAAUUUAUUUAGAUACACAACCGAGAAACCAGCCAAACCAUUUCCUUAUUUUAUGCUGUUUUAAAGAGAGGCUUACAUCUUUUUAAGCAAAUCCAUAAAUAAAAUAAAGAACAUCAAUUUAAUUAAAGCAGAGUCAUAAUCCUUAGAGGAAUUAAAUCAAUUUGAUGUAUUAUAGAUUUGGGAGAAUGUUAAAUACUACAAAUGCAAUGUAGAUUAGAUUUUAAUGGAAUACACUUUGAAUGAUGAUUUGGUUGAGAAGAUGCUCUAAAAAGGUUACACUGAGAGAGAUGUGAUAUCACUCUGUAGAUUGAUCCCACCAUCUAAUGUUAGAAUACAAGGCACAUUAAGCAUUUAAGCUAUAAAAGGGUUAUAUUCGAUCUUGUAUGAUACGUAUUACUUUCAAUAUUCAGUUAUUGAUUACAAAUUCGAUAAUUUCUUAAAUAUUGGCAUAGGAUAUGGAUUAAGAGAAACAGCUUAUAGAAAAGUUGAAGGCAGUUCUUGGUCAAACCUUUAUAGAAUGAUUCAAUAUAACUUCUAUGAUAUAUUCGUAAAGCCGACUCAAAAAUAUGUAUUUGAUGAUUAAGUGGUUGCAUUAAAUCAAUAUCUGUCAAAACAGAAAUUAAAUUUAUUGCUUUUAGUAUUUACUAACUUUCUCUUCUUUGGUGCAGCCAUUGUAGCUCCUUUUUUCCUGAUUGAAUUCGCAACCAAAGAAAACGAAUAGCAAUGCCAAGUAACUACAAGUUACCAGCAAUAUUAUUAUUAUGCAGCAUUUGCCGUUAUCUCAGCUUUGAUAGAAGGGUAUCUUUAUUUUUCUAUCUGUGAAAUCAUACCUGAAUACAUAACGCAGAUGGAACAUGCUCUACAAUUUAAUGAGUCAGAAAUCAAAAUCACCCAAUACAAACAAUCCAAUAUUACUCUUGAAAGCAAUAGAGCCAAUCUGACGGAUGACAAGUUGGGUAACUCAUAAUUCAAAUACAGAUACAGACAAAAGAUAGAAAAGUCUUAUAAAUCGUUUUUAUCAAAAAUCAAUAGGGUGGGUAAAUCCAAAUUUGUUACUUAAAUUAAUAGAAUCAUUCAAUUUUCAAUGUCAUAAUUAUUUAAGUUUGAUCUCUUUGGUGAUGUAACCUUCAUUUUAGUACUAUAGAAUUGCAACUACAAUGAAUUAUUUUAUUUGACUUGCAUCAUCACUGGAUUUACAUAAGGAAUUAAUUUUAUUUAUUUUCUCUACUUAAUCACUAAAGGACUUUUCUAAUCUAAUAAAUAAAUCCAAUAAUUAUCAUCCCAAUUCAUUAACGAGUUUUACUCAAUAGGAUUCCUAGGAAGAAACUCCGCUCUAUCUAAUUUAUUAGAUUCCAUUGCUCCUUACAAUGUGUCAGUUAUUCCCAAUAAUAAAUUAACAAGAGCUAUCCUACCAAAUUAAGCAGGAAAAUCAAUGAGCAACCUAGUUAAAGUACAAUUUCUACAUUAAUAAUAACUUAGGGUUACUUCUUUUAGUUUAUUUUUGAAGAUUUGCCUCAAAUAGUGAUACAGACAUAUUUUACUGUGAAUCAAGCUUGGAAACAAGAAGGUGAUUUGGAAUUCCUAACAUAUCUAAGAAUAGCCAUCUCAUUAUUAACAGUUAUAACCUCAUUUAUAAGGUAAAUAAUAAUCAAGAGUAUAUUAGAUUUAUGUCCAUCAGACCAACAAUUUUAGUAUAAGAUGAUUUUGAUAAAUUAAGCGAUAGAAAGAAGUUUAAUUAUAAAAAUAUAAGAAAAGAUUUAUUACAAAAUGAAAAAAAAUAACUAGCAAUUUAUUCAGAGUUCAGUUCCCAUCCUUCAAAUGAACAAUAUGAACGCAAUGGAGAUGAAACUCAUCCCUUAAAUUUAUAGUAAUCAUAUUAAAUUCCCUGAAGCAGAAGAUAUCAUGAAUUAAAUAUUAUUUAUUAACC